GGUGAUUUCUGCGCUCCUGUUUGGUCCUCGAGGGGAGGAGCCAGUUGUUGAUUCUACGCUGCAAAGACGAGGCGCCGCGCGGAGAGGCUGAGGGACUGCUAGCGGUGAAGAGGAGCCCUAAAACGAUGAAGGUCGCUCAGCCAGUUCGGGGCUAGCUCAGAACGAGGGAACUGCAGCGGAGGUGGAGGAGGAAGAGGAGGAGGGAGCUCACUGAAGAGAGAGACAAAGCCAGAUCACAUGACCAGGUCUCGGAAAGGCUCCAAAUUAGUGAUGCUUCCCUCAGGCAGGGAUUACCUCCUCCCCAUCGUCUACCUCUCCAUCUCUCCUCCCGCUCUUCCUCCCACGUACAGCGGAGCAGCCGCCCAGCUUCAAGACUCUGAGCCUUGAGAGCACACUGUGCUCACCCACCCACGCACACACACACACACACACACACACACACCCACACCUACACACACUCUCUCUCUCUCUCUUUCUCUCGCACUCACACACACAUACACAAACACACACACACACUCUUUUUUGCAUCUCGCUCAUGGUCGUUGGCCUGACCUCCUCAGCUGCUGCUCCCGCUCCAGUCAUACGCCAUGAAGAGGCCCAAGCAGCAGACGGGGCCGCUGAGCUUCCUGAACUUCUUCAGCAGGAAGCCCAAAUCGGAGCCGAGGCCCGAGAGGCCCCCGGAGGCCUGGCCCAAAGAGGAGGUGGCCAUCACCCUGACCCCGAGCGAGCAUCCGGAGCAGGACCUCAACCUCACAGCAGAAGAGGCUGGAGAGUUAAGAGUUCCUGGAGGAGAAAGAGGAGAAGGAGGAGGUCCACCGGCGGCGGCUGAGGCAGGAGAGGACGGCGCCGCCACAGCCGAGUGCGCGGCGGGCGGGGUCAGCAGCGGCUCCACCGGCGUCCUGUCCCUCUCCUCCUCCAGCCAGGAGCAGCUUUUGGACGAACACCUGGAGGAGUGCCCACUGUGCCUGCUCAGUCAACCGCGUUGCCACUUCCCACGACUCUCCUCCUGCUCCCACCGAACGUGCUCCGACUGCCUCCGCCAGUACCUGCGCAUCGAGAUCUCGGAGAGCCGGGUGGGCAUCGCGUGCCCGCAGUGCCCCGAGACUCUGGCGCCGCUGGACGUUCGGGCCAUCCUGGAUGACCGGGCGCUGCUGGAGCGGUUUGAGGAGUACCAGCUGAGGCGUUUCCUGGCUGCUGAUCCAGAUACACGUUGGUGCCCUGCGCCUGACUGCAGCUACGCAGUGAUAGCCUACGGCUGUGCGGAGUGUCCCAAGCUGAGCUGUGGCCGCGAGGGAUGCGACACGGAGUUCUGCUACCACUGCCGGCAGCUGUGGCACCCCAACCAGACGUGCGACCAGGCCCGGCGCCAGCGAGCCCGCCACACCUCAGGCGGGAACGAUGCCUCCACGCUGUACGUCUUCAAUGAAGAACCCGGAGGAGAUGCAGAGGAGAUCAAAGCGUGCCCUCGCUGUGGUGCCUACAUCAUGAAGACCAAUGACGGCAGCUGUAACCGUAUGAACUGCACUGUGUGUGCCUGUCAGUUCUGCUGGCUGUGUAUGCAGGAGAUCACCGACGUGCACUACCUCAGUCCCUCAGGAUGUACAUUCUGGGGGAAGAAGCCAUGGUCUCAAACCCGCAAGGUUCUGUGGCAGGUGGGCAUGUUGCUCGGAGCGCCGGUGGUCAUCUCCCUUAUAGCGGGCAUCGCCAUCCCAGUCAUCAUUGUGGGCAUACCAAUCUACAUGGGCCGCAAGGUCCAUGGUCGCUGUAAGAAAAACAAUAUCUCAGGAAGUAAGCACUACUUGACUGUGGCGAGUGGGGUGAUGAUGUCAGUGUUUGUGUCGCCGGUCAUAGCAGCGGUCACUGUGGGUGUGGGUGUGCCGCUAAUGCUGACGUAUGUCUACGGGGUCGUGCCCAUGUCCCUCUGUAGGAACGGCUGGUGUCGACCGCAGAGUGAACCUCCUGAAACACACAAAAUCCAACUGGAGGACUUAGCCAGCUAUCUUCUAUUCUCUCAUGUAGUCAGUGACCACUGGACAGGUCAGAACAAUCCAACGCUCAGUGACACCAGCGUCCAGGAAGUCAGAGUCAGUGUACAGGAAGUGGGCGUCCUCCCCAGUACAAGUACCACGCCCCCGGAGCUAGAUAGCUAUGAGGAGUUGGAUGAAGCCUCAAAGCACCACGGAUACACCCAGCAGGACAGCCGCUCGGACUGCGAGGUGGUCAUUGUGCCUGACAGCAAGCUCGAUGACACGCAAGCGCUUCCUGUGAGGGAUGGAACCAAUAUUGAGGUCCGUGUGGAAAUUGAGACCCAUCCCAGAGGCGCCCGCCAGUCCAGCCUAAGUAGCAUCCUGUCUAGCCGAAGCUUGUCGGUGGAGUCCUUGGGACACUCGCAGUCCCAGUCCCAUGACUACCUGUGUGCCUCAGAACUGGAAGAGAGACGAGAGGGGGGAGCAGGAGAGGGAGAGGAGCAGGAGGGAAGAGAGAAGCCAGGAGGGGAGGCAGGAGGAGACGAUGGGACAGUUUACCCAGUCUUUGAGAUAGACGGUGUAUGAGGUCCUCCAGUGCAGGCUUUGUACUUGGUUGAAGAUUAGUCAGGUUUUAUGGAAAUAAACACAGGCUGACGUGUCACCGGAUUGACCUGAAAAUCGCUGUCCAAGACCACCUCCUGCUUCUAACACAGGCCCUCCCACCAGUUGCCUUCUAGCUCCAGCCUCUAAGGAAGACGCGGGUUUAGAGAGAGCAAGUGAAAAAAGCGAGUGUGUGCGAGAGUGUGUGUAUGAGACAAAUAGCAUGAGACCAUGACAUUAAAAUUGGAGGGGGAUAAACUGUAAAUCAGACAGGAAUGGCAUCCAACUAUGAAUCAAAAACACAAGCGACUGAGAGCAUGUUAGCUGACUAGUUCAGUCUUUUUUUUUCUAUGUUGUUCUUUCUGGAAGAGACUACCUUGCUCCCCCUCCAUCAUAAAUCUAUUUAAUGAAGACCUCUCUCCAUCUGGCUGUACUCUUACACUUCUUUUAGUGACCUCACCUCCCCUCUCCCUCUCCCCUUACAAAUAAAGAGACCCUACACAAGCAUGAUCUGUUUUAUGGGGGAUUAUGAAUCUUAACAACUCUUGUGUCACCAAGUAAAUAUCAAACGCUUCUCAGGCUAAGUUGCAAGACAGUAGGGGCGAUAAAUUUCCACCUUAAAGAAUAUCUCCACUACUUUUCUGGUCACAUCUGAAUUGGGCAACCUUAAAGAGACGACGCAUGCUUCACUGUUACUCUUUCAUGAAAGAAGUCCAGUUGAAAAUGACACCUGAGAUCUACUGAAGCCUGUAACUGUUGUUCUCGAUUGGAGUAAAAAGUGCUCUGUGACAUUAUGGCAGUGAUUGAAUUGACCAGACGGCUUUGAUUACCAUUAAUCACAACUAUUAAUCUCAAAUCCACAGUCUUCCAUGCGAGGGGUCGGGGCAGCAAUGUCACUUUUGCUCUGUUUUAGUGCAGCUUUUAGCCUUCGAGAGGCUGUUUCCUUUUGAACUAUGGAGGGAGACGUUGCGUUAGUUUGUAAAAAUGCUCACUCCAGGCAGAUACUGUACGUGUGCAUUAGUGACGACAACAACUUGGCGGCGACACUGCAGUCUUUCUCCGAAGACUCUUGGAUAUAAAAGUAGCUGCAUGACUCUACUACUUGCCAUGUAUUCAGGAUAACACAUGAACACACACAAGCCAAUUCACACAUGCACACUCACACACAUAUGCCUACACACGCCGCAGUAAAAGUGUAGUUGCAGUAGUGUGCGCUGCUGAGAGCAUUAAGUAUAAUCUAAAGACCCUCUGAAAUGAUCACAGAGCACCAAAAUUACAUCAGCAGCAUGCCACCUCAGGCUAAACUCUAAUAGCCCCUUCUAGAGGAUUUAUGAGAAACACAUGACUGUACAUGCUCUGCUUAGCUUCCUGAGUGUGAAAUACCUGUGAGAGAUGAACUCGGACACGACAUGAUAACCUGUGCUUGGUUGUGGAGAGAAACUGAAUAAAGA